AUGGCCAGCCGACUGCAUUUGCUCGCAGAGCAACUACAAUUGUCCAUUGUUGAGCGCCAGCGCUUAACUGCUGCGGGGAUUGACACUUCGCCGGACGACGAUGACGAGAUGUAUCGGUCUCUCGCUACGCUCCAGCAAGGACUUCGCAAAUUGUCAGGCAAUGGCUCUAUAUACUUGACAGAGGCACAAGAAGACGAGCUUUCGCAAUUGAAGCAAAAAUGCGCCAAGCUUUGCGCAUUGCUCCCAGGUUCGAUUUUGGAUCUUCAAGAACCUUAUCGCGACAACCUUGACAGCUCUGCGAAGUCACCGAAGGAUAAUGUCGCGUCGAAGAAGAGGGACUUGCUCGAUACGAGCUCGACCAGGAAAAGCGUGCGCUUUAGUGACCAUCCCUCGCAUGAUAGUGCUUCCAAUGAGGACUUGCUGCAAGCACAAUCUGUGGUCAUGGCGGCACAAGAUCAAUCAUUAGAUGUUCUAUCGACGUCAAUAUCUCGGCAACGUGAGCUGAGCAUACAGAUCGGCGAUGAGCUUGAUGGACAAAGCGGCUUAUUGAACGAAGUUGAUGACAUGGUGACGCGCAGUGCGAGCCGGCUUGACUCUGCGAAUCGCAGACUGACUUCCUUCACGCGGGCGGCGCGGGAGAACAGCAGACUCACGGCAAUAUUUCUGCUUAUCCUUGUGCUGUUCUUGCUUCUCAUUGUCCUUUGA